UACAACAUUUUACUUAGUCCCCACAAAGACCCUCUUCUUCUCUCUCUUUCUCUAACAUUUUCUUCUUCUAUGGUUCUUGAAUCCAACAGUCAUUAAUUCUGUGUUUUGCCCCUUUGAGAUUCUUGCUUCCUUUUAUACUUUGCAUACAAUGCACACCAACUGUCACAUCUUCCUUAUCCAGAAUUAUUUUCUUUUCUUUACUUCUGGGGCCUAUUUUACUAUAAUCUCCUAAAUGUUCUUUGUUUUUAUGCUUCAAGAUUGCUUCUUUUUGUUGAUUCUUGAUCUUUAAACUCAUACCCAACAACCCCAUUUCAUUGAAUUGAAAAGAAAAUCCCAAAGUUGAGUGAUUCUUGGAGAAAUUUGUUUUGAUUCUUGAUCUCAUUGAAAUCCAUUUUUGGACAAAAAAAAAGCAGAAAGAUUUGAUCUUUAUUACCCACAAUUACUGGGCAUUCUUCUCGUAUGAAGUUCUGAAACAAUGAGAGAUGAAAGCUCUAAGAAAACCAAGCUCUCGUGGCCUAAGAGUCUGGUGAAGAAAUGGUUUAAUAUCAGGAGCAAAGCUGAGGAUUUUCAAGCUGAUGAUAUUGUCUAUGGAGGUGUUGAUGAUGAAUGGAGGAACAACUUAUCAGAGAGGCAGGCAUCCACUAUUAAGAAAAGCAAAACAGAUAAGUCAAGUAGAAGGAAUGCUGAUCGUUUUCAUCGAAGUAAGAUUGACCUUGACACUUCAGAAGUUACAGAUGUGAAUAACUACCGGGUCUUUGUAGCAACAUGGAAUGUGGCCGGAAAAUCUCCACCUAGUAAUUUAAGUCUUGAUGAUUGGCUUCAUACCUCACCUCCUGCUGACAUCUAUGUUCUGGGGUUUCAAGAAAUUGUUCCUUUGAAUGCUGGUAAUGUUUUGGGGACAGAAGAUAAUGGUCCAGCUAGAAAAUGGCUAGCACUCAUUCGAAAAACUCUGAACAGUCUUCCUGGAGCAAGUGGGGGUUAUCGUACGCCCUCUCCAGUUCCUAAUCCUGUUGUUGAGCUAGAUGCUGACUUUGAGGGAUCGGUAAGAGAAGAAGCUCCAUCUUUCUUCCACCGCCGCUCAUUUCAGACGCUAAGCCGUAGCAUGAGAGCAAUGGAGAGUGAAAUGUCAAUGCCACGGGCUCAACUUGAUCGGCGAUUUAGUGUUUGUGAUAGAGGUGUCUUUGGGGGAAGGCCAAGUGAUUAUGACCCAUAUGCGCAAUGGGGUGGUUCCUCUGAUGAUGAAAAUUGUCCAGAUGAUUAUUCACCGGUUACAACCCACUAUUCCCCAAUUUCGUACAGUGGUUCCAUCACUUUAGAGGACAAAGACAGACAGCCAUCGAAAUCAAGAUAUUGUCUCGUCGCGAGUAAGCAAAUGGUGGGAAUAUUUCUUACUAUUUGGAUUAGAAGUGAUCUAAGGGACGAUGUUCGCAACCUGAAAGUAUCUUGUGUUGGCAGAGGAUUGAUGGGUUAUCUUGGGAACAAGGGCUCAAUCUCAGUUAGCAUGUCACUGCACCAAACAAGCUUCUGCUUCAUUUGUAGUCAUUUAACAUCUGGACAGAAAGAGGGAGAUGAGCUACGGAGAAACUCUGAUGUCUUGGAGAUUCUAAAGAAAACAAGGUUUCCAAGGGUUCAUGGCAUUGGGGAUGACAACUCUCCUCAAACAAUCCUUGAGCAUGAUCGGAUUAUAUGGCUUGGGGAUUUGAACUAUCGGAUUGCCUUGUCUUACCGAACUGCCAAGGCACUGGUGGAGAUGCGCAAUUGGAGGGUGCUGUUAGAAAAUGAUCAGCUACGGAUAGAGCAGAUGAUGGGACGUGUUUUUAAUGGAUGGAGUGAAGGAAGAAUAUACUUCCCUCCGACAUACAAGUACUCAAGUAAUUCAGACAGAUAUGCAGGAGAGGAUACACACCCAAAAGAGAAACGAAGAACCCCUGCUUGGUGUGAUCGCAUAUUAUGGUAUGGUCAAGGCCUAUAUCAAAUAUCUUAUGUUCGUGGAGAGUCCAGAUUCUCGGAUCAUAGACCAGUUUAUAGUAUACUCUUGGCUGAGGUCGAGUCCAUCAACCGCCAUCGUAUAAAGAAAAAUUUGAGUUGUGCUAGCUCUAGGGUUGAAGUUGAAGAGUUAUUGCCCCCUUCAUAUGGAUAUGAUGGAUAUUAUUACUAAGAAUGUAGAUCUUCAAUGAAGAAUCCUAUCCACAGAACUCCAUAUUCAGCAGCAGAUGCCUUUAGGUCAGGAAGUCAAGACUUGGAGUUUUGGACUUUAUGCUGCAAAAUUUAGAGGAAAAUUCUUAGCAAGACACUGCAAAAUGAGAGGACUUCAGAAGGGAUAAUUUUGCUAUAUGAUAUAUCUGCAGUUCUUCUGCCUCGAGUCAGGAGUGGAGCAGAGCAGUUCUGCCAGAUAUAAUGUGGUUACAGACAAGCAAGAAGUAAUUACGCAAAGAUUCAGAGCUGUUAGAAAUGUUGAGACCGGUUUCUUAUUCCAAAAUGCAGCAUCGAUCAGUUGUUAUAACUCUUAAUACAAGGAUGUGGUUAUAUAUAUCAGGUGACACACAGAGAGAAACUCUUGAGAAGGUGGUAUGGCUAAGCAAAGAAUUCGCUCCGAUGCAAAUCAACUUUCUCAAGGUUCUUCAUCUCUUUUGAGGACUAAAAGGAACACCCUGAUACAAAAAAAUGAUGAAAGUUGAUGCAUUGAGUCCUUCCACUCUUUAUUUUUUGUGGACCUUUAUGUUCUAUUUGGAGAAAAAGAAACUUUGGUUUGUGCUCAUUGUCACAGACAAAUAAGAUAUGUU